AUGGCCACUCCGAUCCGCCUUGCCGGGGCUCCUCCUGCUCGUCCCCCGCAGCCACUGUCGCCGCCGCCCCACCACGACACGACGCUCACGCUGUCGCUGGCGCUUCCACCACCCCCGUUCGUCUGCGCGAUCUCCCCGAGGCCAGCGCCGCGGCCGCCGGACGGCGUCGUCGUCGCCCGGGUGCGGUCGUCGUCGCUCACGGAGGACACGCCGCCGUCGCCGUGCAGCGAGUGCGGCAAGCAGUUCCCGUCGUGGAAGGCGCUGUUCGGCCACAUGCGGUGCCACCCGGAGCGCCAGUGGCGCGGGAUCAAGAAACCGCCGCACUUCCGCCACCAGGCCGUCGUGGCGGCGGCCGCGGACCUGCAUUUCACCGAGCAGGAGCGCGAGACCGCCACGAGCCUGCUCAUGCUGCGCCAAGGUGAGCCUGCUGGUAAGGGCAAGAAGAGUGUUCUCGGUGCCUCGCCCCCUAGCGCCAAGGCGAUCUGCGGCGCCAGCACGUCGGCUUCUUUGCCGCCGCCGUCAGCAAGGUGCGACGACCACAAGUGUAGCGUCUGCGCUCGGGGGUUCGCCACCGGCCAGGCUCUCGGCGGGCACAAGCGGUGCCACUGGGAGAAGACGGCAUGCGUGGAGGGGACGAUAGCGGUUGCAACAUCUAGCGCGUCGCCAACGUCUUCGUCACAAGCGGCGCCGGCCACCACGCUGGACCUCAACCUGCCGCCGCCAGGGAUGCCGCCAUUGCCAAAGAAAUGGAAGCGCGAUCAAGGCGGCAGCUUGGACGCGACGUUGGAUUUGAAGCUUGGGUUCUAAUUCUAGAGCUAGCGUUGCAACAGUCCACUGGCUAGCUAGGUCUGAUGUAUCUAUAAGAGUUAUGUGUGCAUGUGUACAAUGUUGGUAGCCUAAUUUCUUUGUUUGUGUCUUUUCUAGACGCCCUGAUUCAGAAAGGAAGUUUUUCUGAUCUAUCUGAAUCGGCGGCUUGCUUAAUCUGAACUUCCCGGUGGUGUUACUAACUGUAAGUCUGUAACAUAUUUGUGUAUAUGUUUAGAUGAUUGUGAUAUAUGUAAUGCAGUAUAUAACUAUGUUCGAACAA